AUGCAAACCAGCAGGGCUCCGGCCAUCAGUGUGAGCGCGGAGAGCUGCAUCCCGGCCGGGCUGCGGCUGGGUCCUGUGCCGGGCAUCUUCAAACUGGGCAAGUACCUGUCAGACCGCAGGGAGCCAGGACCCAAAAAAAAGGUGCGGAUGGUGAGAGGGGAAUUAGUGGAUGAAGCCGGGAGCUCAGCUCUGGAGUGGAUAGGGUUAAUCCGGGCUGCCCGAAACUCCCAAGAGCAGACACUGGAGGCUGUUGCGGAUCUGCCAGGAGGACAGAUUUUCUACCGGGCGCUGCGAGAUGUCCAGCCAGGAGAGGAGCUCACCGUCUGGUAUUCCAACCCUCUGGCGCAGUGGUUUGACAUCCCCGUCACGGCCACCCCGACGCACGACGAGAAAGGGAAGCUCUACUCCCGCAAGUACGGGCUGAAGAUCCACAUGCGGACUCACACCGGCUACAAGCCGCUCAAGUGUAAGGUCUGCUUGCGGCCCUUCGGGGACCCCAGCAACCUGAACAAGCACAUCCGGCUGCACGCCGAGGGCAACACGCCGUACCGCUGCGAGUACUGCGGGAAGGUGCUGGUGCGGCGCCGAGACCUGGAGCGGCACGUCAAGUCCCGCCACCCGGGGCAGAGCCUUGGCAAGGUGGCCGAGGACAAGAGUGACUCUGGCUACGCUCACCCCGAGCAGGAGCAAAAGACUGACAACGAGAGCGACGUGGACGUCUGCUUCACCGACGACCAGAGCGACCCGGAGAGCGGCAGCAGGAACCGCGAGCAGUGA